GGUGUCGAUAUAAGCCACCUAUCCCCUUGAUACGAGUUCAGGCAUAGAGGCAAUACUAGCUGCAUUCAUUACACAAUGGAAAAUAGUCAACAUAUAGAUCGCUUCGUUUAAUCGAUGAUAAUUUAGCAACUACUGGAAUUUAAGGGAUUUGUCAUGAGUUCAAGCAGGGAACCAGUCCCUGGACACAUUCAGACUCCCCCUAUAUUAUGCAUACAGGAUUCAUUGGUGGACAAGAAUAGAAUAGGAGUGUUCAGUCGAGAGCUGAUCAAGAAGGACACAGAGUUUGGACCAUUUGAUGGGAGAAUCGUGUAUGACAAGUAUGAUGACACCGUGGACCAGAAAUAUUCUUGGCAGGUAUUUGACCUGGAAACAUUCAAGUUCCUGCAUACAGUAGAUGCCACCAACCCGGAAUGUGGGAACUGGAUGCGGUAUGUCUGCUGUGCACGAUACUUUGAGGAACAAAACAUCGUCUCCACUCAAAACGAGGACCAGGUUUACUAUAAGGUUUUGAAGGAUAUACCAGCCGGAGAAGAACUGCUUACAUGGUUCCAGGCCAAGAAAAAGAAGAAAAGGAAGUCUUCAUCAAGGCUGCUAGAUAUGUCAUACCCGACAGAAAUAGAAAGAAAGCCUUCAUCCCAUGACCCUUCCCCUCCUAGCCCUGGCAAGAUGAAACGGAAACGUAAACCCAAGGUCAUACCAGACGCCUAUGUGGGUCCAUUUGAUUUUGAGGAGAGAGAAAGGGAAAAAAUGAUCGAAAGAGGUGAAAAGAAGGUUAAACCUUCAGCAAAGGAUGAUGAUGCUUUCGCUCCCUUACAGCCUGGCCAGAAAAGACGCCGUCGAAAAAAGACCACUGAUGCCCCCAAUUCAACAUCCACGUCAGUUGCCAGUAGUCCUUGUAGGGAAAUUGCAACUCCUAUUGCAGAAAAUCCUAGUCAUGAAGAUGUGAAACCUCUUGUUGCUGUUAAAGCAGAGCCUGUUCCCUAUGCUCAAGGUGAUUCAAACAUGAGUGCUGAUACCAACUAUGGGCAGAAAAAGGCGACUAAAUCCAUAGCUGAGAUUAAUGAAGAGGUGGAUUGGAAAUAUCCUGAAAAUGGUGACGAGUAUGUCUUUGAACUCAAGAGCCAUCAUGUUAUUGUUCAGAAUGAAAAGAAAAUUUAUGAAUGUGAUAUCUGUCUCGGUGUGUAUAAGCACAUGUUCAGUUUGAAGAGGCACUAUUUAAGAAAUCAUGUGAAUUAUUUAUAUCUAAGUAAAGCAGAUAUCACUAAUUGCUUGAUUAAUUUGUCUCAAGUGAAACACCAUUUACAAGCUAGAGGUCAAGAUAUUAAGAAUCUGAUGACUGAAUUAAAGGAUGAUAUGGUAUCAAAGAAUGCAGAUGAUUCAAAUCACAAUGAUUGUACAGAUAUUAAAGACAAGAGUGAAACUGAAGACCAAAAGAAAGACAUUCAAAACGAAACUAUUGGAAUUGAAGAUAGAAGUUCAGAAGAAACUAGCAGUAGAUCUAAUAGAUCCAGUAUUUCAAAUAUCAGUAAUGAAAACGAAGGGAUGUCGAUCAAAGAUGAUCAGUUGGAGAAAUCUCAGAAAAUGGAUGAUACUGGAAAUAAUGAGAAUGAAAAGAAAAGUGAAAGUGAGGAUAUUGUGACAAAAUUACAAGACUUAGAAAGCAUUUCUGCAAAAUCAGACUCAAGUGAGAUCGAGAAUGGUGCUUACAAAAAUCUUCCUGAAGACGUCAGUCAAGUUGGAGAAGAAAAAUUCCCAGGACUGUUCCGAUGUUACACAUGUUAUCGACUGUUUGACACGGUAGCAGAAAUUCAUGACCAUCUUCCCCAGCACUCAGGUGAAGGAGACGGCUCGAUGUUCUCGUGUGAUCAAUGUCACAUGCACUUUGCGUUCAAGAAUAAUCUUGUGCGACAUCAGAGAAGCCAUGAUGGGAAGAGAACGAGUUCUAUUGUAGGGGAUAGCUCCUUUGAAGAGCAGGGAAGCCGCAUUGGAGAAACUGAAGAUUCAAACCUCGGUGAUUCAAACUCCCAAACCUCCGGUGAAUCUGGGCAAACAGCCAAUCCAGAAGACAAAGACCAGUCAAAGAGCACUAAACCUGACACUGAAGGGAAGACAGCACCUAAGGAGAAGAGAGUGUACAAGUGUGGUGUGUGCGCAGUCAAAUACGACACACAGGAAGCUCUGAUGACCCAUGUUGACAAGAAACACAAAAAUGGCAGCAAGUUUCAGUGCCAGUACUGUGGUAAGGACUUCCUGUCUAUGCCGAACAUGAAAAAACAUGUCCGCUUCCAUCUAGGAUAUCGAGCUACAUGCAAAGAGUGUAACGAUACUUUUACAAACGUUGGAUCGCUGAGAAAACACACACGCAUAAACCACCCGGAGAUAUACCAAGCUAGACUCAUUGAACGGUUGGAGAAAUUUGGUGAAUUGAGGGGUCCUGAUAAGAAUUUGGUUAAAGUUAAAGAAAAGGUAGCAAGUAGCAAAAGUAGUGCUAACACAAAAGACAAAGUGAAAGUAAGUGAAAAUUUUAUUUCCGAACAAAAUAAUCCUAAUUCUCAGACAGGUGAUAUAGAUUCUGAGGACAGUCCACAUUUUGAAACAGAAAUAAGCUUCGCAAACGAUGAAAUUGACGAAGGUGAAGGGAGGUUUAAAUUCUCCUGUACAGUGUGCAAGAAAAGAUUUAGUAGUUAUUUGAAUAUGUGCAGACAUAGGCGCAAGGUUCAUACUGCCGACAAUAAGCCCCGAAAUGAUCACAUGACAUUUGGUAUUCAUCCUAGACCCCCCUCGCCUAUAGUUGAAAAUCCAGAAGAAACUGCCGCAUUUUAUGCAAAUGUUGCUCAUAACAUUGCCAUAAAUUUGAAUUGUUAUAUUGAUGGCACAGCUGAAUCAAUACAAAAGUAUUCCGACCAUAUAGCUGUUGAUGACAACAAAGGCCAUACUGAAUAUGCCGAAAAGGAAACACUAACAGAAAUAGACGAAAAGUUAAAGUUAGAUAAUUACAAUUUUCCAUCUAAUUUCAUGCCAGCAGAUACUGUUUCAUACACAGAUAUUAAAAACGCAUUACACAUUUAUAACGAUUUCGACUCCCAUUGCACUUCAGUUGAAUCUAGGUCAAGUAAGAGCAGUGAAAACAAAGAAAGAAACACAGAAAAACUAGCUGAACAACUACUUGGAAAGAGAGAAAAAGAGACCAACAGAGAACAUAACUUCAGUGAUUCAGACGACGAGGUUGGAAGACUAUUCAUUGCAACAGAAAAUGCUAAGAAUGUAGACACUGAAAAACAAAAACUCAAGUCUGAUAAUAGAACAGCUUUGAGUAGAAAUUGCAAAGACAGGAGUGUUUCUAGUCUGAAAAGUAAACUAGGGGGACAACCUCAUAUUACUAACAGCUCCUCAGUGGAAAGUCAGUUAGUCUUAAAACAGUUUCAAGGUAACGCAGACGACCACCACAUCGCCAUGGGGAUAGCGUCGUACGGCAUGAAGCUUCUCUCCAACCUUGUGAUGGCCAAACGGGCACCGGAUGUGAAGAAUAACGAGCCGCAGGAGAAAGGUUCAGCAGGGUUCUUAAGUCUACAGAUCUCCAAUGGUCAGGUGGUCACUAGGGACUCUCCUGCUGCCAGGACAUUCCAUCAGGUUCGUCUGGGAGAGUAUGCCAACUUCCAGGAUGACCUUCUGAACAAUGUGGAUGACCACUCAGUGGCCUCUGACAGGACAACCAACAAGGACAUAGUGCCGCUGGCAAAAUAUAAUGUUCCUGAAACACUGCAAGCAUCCACUGUUGGAAGUGUUUCAUUGGACAAGGAGAAGGAUUUGUACGCAGAAACCACGAGUAACAACCGUCAGGCACAAGAAGAGCUGGAUGCCCUUUAUGAUGACCUUGACAGUCAACUGUCCGACGAUCAACUACCAAGGGAGAACAAUUCUGAAACAUCGGUAAAUCUGAAGAACCCAAAACGCUUAAACCAGAUUUGUGAACGAAUGCUUGGGGUUACUCCUAAGUCUACAAAGAGGAGAAACAGGGAGGAGCCUGAGUCUCCAGACAAGAGUUGUGAAAAUAUGGAUUUAACCUGGUUUCAUGAUCAGAAACCAGACUAUUCCAGAUUGACGGUUGAUAGCCCAUUUUAUAACUAUGAUCAAAUAGAAUUUGGCCAUAAUGGUGAAGUGAGUAUUAUCUGCACAGUGUGUAAGAAGCAUUUCAAAGAUUUGGACUUACUUAUUCGCCAUCACUGGAAAAAACAUCCAGCUGUUCAAUUAAGCUUCUUUGAGAUAGAAGAGGGCAAUGAUAUUGAAGAUUUACACUACUUGGAGCCAUCUUGUGUUGGUGCUCUGGCUGUCAGUGACCCUGGUUGGGACAGCGUUACUGAAAUGGAGUCAUUCAAGUGUUCACACUGCAGUGCUGUGUUCAAAUCCCUCGACAAACUUCAUGUUCACAUUGUGUCAUGUUCGCCUAUAGAUCCUCUGUAUGGUAUGUGCAAGCCUGAAAAAAGUGGGACAAAAACACCUUUAAAGAAGAAAAUACACAGAAAGAUACAAAGCAUGUUUGGAAAUGGACAAUAUGCAAGAAUGAGACUUGAUUUUGAUGAUUUGUCAUCUUGUUCAAGUCCAAAUUCUCAAACUGCAAGUAAUUCUUCAUUGAAGAGGGUUUUUACUGGUAGCAGAAAGCGGAUAUCAGUUCUUCUACCAGAAUCCCCAGUGCAAGAGCCUGAAGCCACUCUCCCGGUAGUUGCAGAAAAACUGCCAGAGCCAGUAGUGACCGGUUACAACCCAAAUAAACAUGUACGCAGACGAGAGCUUACGGAACUUGUAGAUCUUCUAACCUGCGAAGGAUGUGGACUUAAAUGCAAGACUAUCAUCCUUUUAGAGAGGCAUGUCAGGCAUUGUACUAGAAAGGAGAAGUUUAGGACAGUUAAACCACUGGCAUGUCCUAUCAUUGAUGACAAUGUUGAUAGAGUAAAGAACAUGUGUUUUUACUGUGAGAAGAAUUUCACAUAUACAAAAAGUCUGGUAAAUCAUUUCCAAGAUUUUUGUCCUGUUAAGAAGGCAAAAUUGGACAUUGAAGGUGUUACUGAAGAAGAUAAGGAAAGAGAAGCGGCCAUACUUGAAAGAAUACAAAAGUGUGAAGAAGAAAAGAUUGCAUUGAAGGAGAAAGAGAUUGAAAGUAAUACAAAGAGAAGAAUUACAUGGCAAGUUGGAAGAAAACCGAAAAGAAAAGGAUUUGCAUGGACAGGAAGAAGGAAAAAUUCUCAAAAUGAUUUGUCAUCUGAACCCCAAGAAGAUGUUGAUGAAAGUAAAAAGGAUGACAAUGACAAAACUGAUGAAACAAAUGGUGAAAAAACUGAGGAAAAGACUGAAUUAACUGAAAUAAAGGAAGAAUGUCAUGGGUAUACUGAUAGUGACAAAUCACAAAUAGGAACCAGAGAAGAAAAGGAAAGCAUGGAAGAUAACUUUGACGACAAUUUGAUUCAGAAUGAUAAUGAUUCUAAUUUGAACAAUAUGUCUUUGAACUGCACUGCAAGAUAUGAAGUAAAUAAAGUGCACAAGAAAACAAGAUUGCAAUCGAAAGAAACUGUGAAAGGAGGUGAUAAUAAGAAUGUGGAAGAUUUGGACACAUGUGUUCAAAGUCAAGAGUCUGAAUGUAGCAGUAGUGAUGAUUUGCAAAAAAGAAUCUACCGUAAAAAUGUUCCAGAUGUUUCCAGAAUUGUUGAAGGCAAAAGAAAACGAGAAAGGGUUGGAAAGGUGGAAGAGUUUUUAAAGAGUGCUUUUGGGAAGAAAAGAAAGAAGAAAGAGAUGGAUGGCGAUGGUAGCUUGGAUGAGUUAACUCAACCAAAGUCACCUACCAGGGCAGUAACAAUGGAGAUUAAUACAGUGAAUCAAAUAGACAAUGAUACAGCUGUUUUGAGUAAAAAUGAAAAUAGUCAGAAAAAGCCAAGAGGGAGACCAAGAAAGAACCGAGAUAAACAUGCAGAGAUACCUGACUUUAUUGGAAAUGGUGAGGAAAACUUGAAAGUAAACAACAUUAAGAGCAGUAAUGAUAAUUCCGCUGUUGAUACUUUAGGAAAAGAAUUACCAGCAGCAAGGAAACGAGGUAGGCCAAAAUUGCAAAAGGCAGUUAAGGAAUUGAAGGAAGAAAGUAAAUUUAAAGUUGUUAAUCAUGAUACGGAUGAUGAGCAAGUUGUACCUGAGUGUAUCGUUGAGUCAGAAAAUGAAAAAGUUACUACUAAUGCAAACAAAGACAUGCCUAGUAAUAGUGAUAAUGUUGCAACAAGAGUAAACAUUUUAAAGGAAAUUAUAACUAGCAAUGCAAAUGCAGUAAUACAUGUAAGUGAUUCUGAAAAUAAUACUGAAACAAAUUGUGUUGACAGUGGUCAAAGUAGUCCACAAAUCCAAGUCAAAACACUUGUUGAUAAAAACAAUGUCAUCUGUACAACUGAAAUAAGUGUAGUUAAUGUUCCCAAAAAUAAUAUUGCUCAACCAAAUGAAAGCAGUAAAGUAGAAGAUGGUAUACAAAACUAUAUUUUUCCAUCAGCAGAGAAACUAAACGAUUAUGACGUUGACCAAGAUGAUAUAGAAAGACCAUCUGAAAAUGAUAUUUCCAAUAGUAAUUUUCUUGAAACCGUUGAUGGACGGAGUGAUGUAACCAACAGUACAGAGAAAUAUUGCAGUUCAAGGGAAAUAUCUCCUGAAAAAGACUUUAAAGUAGUUACAGCUGACAGUAAUAGUAAACAUUAUGCUUUGUUUUCAGAAAAUGUUCAAGAAAGAUUAUCAUCAGUGGAUGAUGAUAUAGAUUCUGUUGACGGCUUGGAUGACGAUUGCAAAAGUUCUGAAGAUAUUGCAGCUACAGAAAGUGAUAUUUACAGUUCAACUGUUGAUGAGGAAGAAUGUCAAGCUCUGACAGAAAAAGAAAAAGGACAAUCAAAUUCUAGGGAUCAUGUCCAAAGUGGCAAACCAGAUGAUGAUAAUGAAAUUUCUAAAAGAGAUGAUAAGCAUAAAGUAGACAAAGCAGAUGCAGAGAAGGGUAAUAGUUCUACAGAUAUGAUUGAUUCUUGUGGUGGUGAAAGUUCUCAGGAUGAAAACCAACAGGAGUCAUACAAAUCAGAUGGUGAGGAUUCAUUUGGUCUGGUUCUUAGCCCAGGCGAGAGAGUUAAAAUGAACAAAAGAAGUUGUAAGAAAGAAACUGACUUUUAUUCUCCAGUUUGGGUCAGGCGCACACAGAAACAGCAACAGAAAGAUGUCAAAACAGACAGUGUUGUAUCUAUAGGUAACCAGAAAACAAAUACAUGUACAUCUGAGUCAAAUUUGCCUAAUAAGGCUUCUGGCUUAAAGAAGAAAGUCAAAGAUAAUGGAAAGGAGGAAUCUGGAAAGUGUGAUGUCAAAUUAAAUGAGAAGAUUAGAGGAAAGCGGAAAAUAGGGGAAAUGGAAGUUAAGGAAAAACUGACAAAGAAAAUAAAGAUAUAAAAAAAAUACUGUUUAAUGUUCUUAUUUUAAGCAAUUAAGGGUUUGCAUUAUAAAUGAAAUUCUAAAAGAAUGUGAUUUAAUUCAUUAUAUUGUUUUUUAAAUUCUUUAUAUUCGUUAUUUGUGUUUUGCAUUUUCCUAUUUGAUGAACAUUUGCUAUCAAAUUAGUUUGAUACAAUAUGACUUUAUAUAUGUAUUCUUUAUAUAUAUGUAUUUCAAGUAUAAAUAUUAUUUGAAAUAGUUUCCCUUAUGUUACAUUUAAUUUGUUUCAAGCAUUGUUAUU